UAGUGACGCGCAAUGAUCACUUCCGUUUUGGAAACGAGGAUCUCGCUGCAGGCCAUUGUUUUCCUACAGCUAUUGUUCCCGUUUUCUUGAUCCGAAUCGAGAGUUUUAAGACGUAAUCCUUCUGUGGUAGCCUGCUUCGGACUGUCUGGUUUGGAGAUGGCGGACGGCAGCGGCAGCACGGUUAACCUGACGCCGGGGGAUCCUCAUUUAAUAGGCCUAAUUGUAGAGCAUUUGAAGAACCGUGGCCUGUUUGAUGAAUUCCGGAGAGACUGUCUGGGAGACGUGGACACAAAGCCAGCCUAUCAGAAUUUACGACAGAAGGUGGACAACUUUGUGUCCUCGCACCUGAGCACCCAGGAGUGGAACCCGUCCAUCAACAAAAACCAGGUUCGCAAUGGCCUGAGACAGAGUGUGGUGCAGUCAGGCAUGCUGGAGUCCGGUGUGGACAGAAUCAUCACUCAGGUGGUGGACCCCAAACUCAACCACAUUUUCAGACCCCACAUAGAGAACGCCAUUCAUGAUUUUUUGGCCGCCGAGACCAGGGAGGAGGGAGUGCCAAUCGCGGCGCCGGAGGCCGAGCAGCAGGAGAUGCCCUCCGCCACGCCGAAAACGCCAUGAGGGGCGCAGCUUUCGGGGAGGGGGGGGAGGGGGGAACGACGACGACGACCCUGCAGGACUGUGUACGGAUGUUCCACUGCUCUGUGGCAUGUUCCGUCUGGCAGUCGCCGUCGGACUCUUCCUGCGUCGGGAAAAACGGACGCGUACACCACUGGGAGCAGUGACCUUACACGGCCGGGAUCGCUGGGAUUUAAGGGGAUGGUUCUGCGCCUCCAGCCCGGGGUUUCAGGCCUGAAGAGGACACCUGUAGAUUCGCUGGGAUGUUAGCAACGCUGUUAGCAGCGCUACUGGAGGGCAGUCUGUACAGGGAACGUGUCAUGGACUGUUCCGGUAGGGAAUUCUGCUGGCUGCGCUGACAGGUGCCACUGCUCUUCAGCGUUCCCGACGUUCCCGAGCGGAAUUUUACCGAUUCUUAUCUGCAUUUGCACUGAUGUCUGUAUUUUUCCCAGUUUCCCUCUUAACAGAAACCAAAAAGUUAAGCAUUGGACUUUAUGUUCUAAAUUAGUAGAUGGUUUCCAUUUUUAUUUUUUUGUUGUGCAAUGGACUUUUUGAAUGAAACGUUUAUUUUUUGUUUCAUUUUGAAAGCUACUUUUGAAAUGCUGUACAGUGGGGAAAUGUGGAACUUGUCUGUUCUAUGUGUGCAUUUUGAAUAAAGUUUUCUUACUGUA